AUGUCUCCUCUGCCCGGUCAUGAUCAUACGUCCAGUUCCACAGCCUCUUCGGACGGCAAAGGGGAUACAGAUUCAGCAGCGAAAGGAGGAAAGUCAACGAAAAGGACGGGUCCUAGCUAUGUAUAUUACCGUCUAUACACCAAACUCGGUGCAUUUGAAUCGAAUCACGCCCUCUACCACAACGACCGUUUCAUAGGUCGGGUUCCAUCGAAAUUUUUUCCCCCUCCUCACAUGGUCGCGUCUUUCAGGCGGACCUUGUGCAAACUUGAGGGCCUCUCGGAGCCCGACAAGGCACUUGUCUUCACACCGCUCUCAAGCCCAGCACCUAAAGAAGACUCUGCCCGCCUCUCUCUUUAUGGUCCUUCUGGGCCAGGCCUGUCUGAACAAGAUCCGAUCGCGCUGGUUGUCGAGUCGGAGAAGAGAAUCAAGGACGUUACACAGCCGGAGAAGCUCCCGGAACGCUCUGAUGAUACCGAUAUCCAUUACGUAUACUAUCGCGUUUACUCAUCAGAAGGAGAAGGGGAUGAAGAAAAGGCAAAGACGUCCUUUGACGAGAGUGACAUGUCGUUAGGGCGCAUCAACGCCGUCUUCAUCGCUCCCCCUCAUACCGCCGGGUCAUUGAAAGCAUGCAUCGCAAAAGCUGAAGGCCUCGUCACGCCCGGUCAUGCACUCUACAAGGACAUGGAGCUCUUCCAAGACAUGACUAGUGACGCUGCCAUGAACGACGCCAACAUCAUAUCCUUCCAAGGUGACGCUUAUCCGGGUAGUGAUGAAGGCGAUCCCGUAGCCCUUGUCAAUGCAACCGCCAAUACAGCAGCGGAUCAAAAGGCUAAGCCUACAUCAGAUGGACCAGAUUCAAAUUUCACGAAACGCGCUCGGUUGACUUGUACUUUCGACUACAAUGUAAAACAUCCCACCUGGGCCUGGCUAUCAAUAAACAAAGAUGAGAUCGUUUACACGGAUGGAGUCCUCGUCAAUAGAAAUAUUUAUUCAGGAUACAUGGCGAUUAAUUCCAAGGGUGUCAAAGGCUGUAAUAUUACUUUGAUUGAUUCGUGA